AUGUCAAGUUCCUCCAAGUUGCCACCGAACACCGCCACCAACUUUGUUAGAGCUAACCAUUUCUCAAUCCUUUCUACCCUCUGGUCUGUUCCAGAUACAAUAGCGACAAAGCAUAGCAACAUGGCCUCUCUCAGCUCGCGCCGGCUCAUGAAAGAGCUCACGGACAUCAAGAACAACGGCACUCCAGCUGGGAUCGGCCUCCUGACAGCCGAGACGAUGCAGGAGUGGUUGUUCACUAUCCGGGUGUUAGGCGACGAGACAGUGUACAAGGGCGAGGUCUUCGUACUGCGCAUCUGCUUUGAUGAUCGAUACCCCAUAGAUUAUCCCCAAGUCACGUUCGUCACAAACAACGAGUAUAAGCCGCCGGUACACCCGCACAUCUACUCCAACGGGCACGUGUGCGCGUCCAUCCUCGGCCCCGAGUGGUCACCUGUGCUCAACGCCGUGUCCAUCUGCCUCACGAUGCAGAGCAUGCUCGCGAGCUGCAAGAAGAAGGAGCUGCCCAAGGGCAACGAUAGAUACGUGGCGACCGCGCCGAGCAAUCCCAAGCACACGCGGUGGGAGUACCACGACGACAAUGUGUAG